AUGUACUUCAGCCAGAGUUUUGUGGUGCACAGUUUAACGUUGGACCACGGCUUCAACCAGAGCUUGGAGGGUAUCCAACUACCCAGCAUCCUGCAAAGUUGGACGUUUGGCAGCAACUUCAACCAGAACUUGGAGGGCAUCCAACUACCCAGCAGCAUGCAGAGUUUGACGUUGGGUGAAAGUUUCGGCCGGAGCUUUGAAGGCAACCACCCGCCAGUCUGCGAAAUUUCACGUCAUGUCGGAGCUGGUGUACUGGUUUGGCUUCCUCUUCAGGGGCAAAUGGGUCGAAUGCUGCAGCUUCUUCUUGGCCUGCCUUGGUUUUUGGAGAAUUUCCUGCGGCAGCUGUUCGUCGUCGUUAGGCCAACUGGCACUGAUGUCGUCAGUGCUCAUGCCGCACACAAACCUGGUGAGUGA